AUGUUCAGUUGCUUGUAUCGGAUCGCAAAGUGUGAGGUGGCGAGUGAGAAGUCAAGCAUCGACUUGCGGGGCAUGGCCGCCAACGCUCCUUGCCGCCCGCUCAGUGACUUGAGCAAUAAGCUGCGUCGGCUCAUCAAGCCCAAUGAGACAAUCAACGGCGCCAACUUUCCACGCUUGUGGAAGCUUAAAUUUGAUGAGAACUUUAGCGUUCGUCUUUAUGGUUCUCACUUUCAGAAGCUUGCCGACUUGUUGCGUGAAGUUCCGGAAGUUGUCAUGUGCGACGUACAAAACGGCGUUUUGACCAUUCAGCUGUCAAACACGCCUGGUGCCGCUCAACACUGCCGACCCAAACCUCGGGUGGUUCCGGCCUAUGGCUUGUACAAAAUGUGCCACGACUAUCCAAACUGUCCCCGUGGCAAGAGUUGCACCUUUGCGCACGGCGCACAAGAACAAGCCGAGUGGAACAAGCUGCUAAAGCAGAAGCGUAACAACAAUCAAACGUCCCAGCCCUACGAAGCAAGUCUUGAAAACAACAAAUAUGACCCUGCUUGGACUUGUGAGAGAUGCCACCGCCCCAACUAUGCGCAUCGUGAAGUGUGUCACGGCUGUGGCGCUGCGGGCAAGCUUGAAGACAUCAAGCCGAUGCACCGCCCCCCUGUGCCUCUUCCAUUGUUGGCUCGCGACUUCCAUGAUAGAAUUAUGGAUGACGUGAUUGUCGAAUCUGUCGCGCCCAUUUACAACCCGGCCAUCCAGCCGGUGCCGCGCUCGGCUGUUGCUGGCACCAAACCUGUUGUUUGGAAUAUUCGGGAGUAUGCUGCCUUACAACGCUGCCUCAUCGUCGAGCUGCAACACUCUGGUAAUCAGCUGGGCUUGCAGAAAAAUGCUCUUAUUUUCGAGGUCAAGUUGGAUCAUGAGCACAAGCACGUUGGGAUCAAUCUCGCUGUCAAUCGCACCACUGGUGAGAAGGUUUCUGCAGUGUCGAAUGCGACCGUAAUUGAACCCAAGCCAAGCCUGCAAACACAGAGCCCGCCCGUCGUUGAUUCCGCGUCCCGAACUCAAGUGUUGAGCCAGAUCACGCAGCAAGUACAAGCAACCGGUCGCUUCACCCAGGAUGAUGCUUCACGUUUGCAGCUGGCAAAUGUCAGUGUCAAUGAUCUGGCCUUGCCAGCACCCGUCUUGGUCUUCUUGAUUGAGCGCGGCGCCCCGGUGAAGCAGUUGGAGCCGGCGCUCAAGGCUGGAGCAUACGUCAACGCGCAGGACAAGGGCGGCCAGACCGCGCUGCACGUGGCGGCACUGUCUCAAAAGGACGAGAUUGUGUUGCGACUCAUCAAGGAGAACGCCAAUAUUGACGCGCGCGAUCUUGACAAGUGGACGCCGCUGCACCUGGCUGCACUGCACUGCCACUGGUCUACCGUCGCCCUGCUUGCCUCCUCAGGAGCUGAUGUGAAUGCCACUGAUGGGCAAGGCGUGGCUCUGGUUCACCGUGCUGCCAUCAGCGGCGACUUGGAUGUCCUCAAGUUUGUGCGAGACCUUACACGUGGAACUUUGACCUUGCGAGAUUCGGCUGGUCGUACAAUUCUGCACUAUGCUGACCAAACCACGGACGUCAAGUUUAUCCGCGAAGUGGAGACUCUGCUUGGGACAGAUUUCGUACAAGCGGCGCGAGCUCGACACUCGGGGGCAGCUGCGUCGACAGAAAGCCAGUCGCGCGCACCACGAUCAACCGACCCGAGCCUUGCAGAACCAACAUGGCACCCUCGUGAUCGAGUAGUUUGGCCCGCAAUCAGUCAUGAUGUGCCAGUGUCUUUUGAUUUCGACGACGACCCCUUGGAGUGGAAUGUAGAACAAACCAUGCGCAGCAUGUUGGAUGAUGAUGUUCCCGGGCCUUUGGACAGUCUGGCCGCCCUACCCCCGCUGAAUACUGGCAAUCAACAGCUUCAUGGCCUCGGCCCAGAUUCAAUGGCUGCCUCUGCUUGGGGCCAAUCUGAUGCGAGCCCGAAAGAUAUGGCUAAAGGCGUGUGGGACUUGUCCGAGUUUGAUUCCGCGCCGCCGGCUUUGGAUGGACCGCCGCUCAUGGCUGGACUGGAUGAUGAUAAUUACACCUUUGAAGAGCUUGAGGAUAUUUUGAAUGACCCUACUGCUCUUCAGAAUGCAGUAGACAAGGCUUGUGAUCUGACACAAAGCAACCACAAGGGCCAGACGCUGGCACACUUGGCUUGCAAGCGCAAACUGGUUGAUGCGUUGCGCAUCUUGGUCCACUCUGGGGCGGAGGUAGCAGCCAAGGACCACGACGGGAAUACGUGCCUACACGUAGCCGCUCAAUAUGGUUUUGUUGCGGCUUUUGAGGAAGUCGAUCGUUCCAGCACGCGAGACAGCAUGCGAGACAAUUGGCUGGCUGUGCGCAAUAACAAAGGCUUCACCUGUGCACAUGUGGCCGUCAAGCAUGAGCAAGCCUCUGUGUUGACGGCGUUGAACACGAUUUCUCCCAAUACACUUGUGCUGGGCGACGCCGACGGCAACACGCCCUUGAUGCUGGCUUUAGAAGCGAUUCCGCCGAUCCCUUGCUAUAAGGAUUUGCUUAUCAUGAGCACUAGCGCCUUGCUGGAGAAGACGAAUCAGCAGCGGGAGACUGCUUUGGGAAUCGCCCUACGCCAACGGCAUGUGGAAGCAGCCAAGGAGCUGCUGCUGCAAGGUGCCUCACCCAACACACAAGACGUGCGAGGCAACUGCCCUCUACACUGGGCUGUUAAGCACCAGAUUGUGCAUUUGGUUAAACUGCUGUUGGAUAAGGGUGCUCGUACGGAUAUGCGGGAUGCCGAUGGCUGCCAGCCCAUCGACCUCCCUGAGGCUUCGGCCAAUGCCGUUAUCGGCAAGCGAUUGGAAAUGUGCGAUAUCACACCCCGUUAUGAGCUCCUGGGGUAG